AAUAGCUUCGGGGUUUUACCUGCAUCUUCGCCCGGUGUGUUCGUGGAUGGUGCAUUUUGCUUCCUUAAAAAACCUUGUCUUCACCUCUCUUGACCGUCAGUGUCGUGUGUGCAGUGACGACCACCUGUUGAAAACACGCAGAAGCAACCUACCCUCAGACAACCCGCCCAGUCCAGAGCCAUGUACCCACGCAAACUAUACAGACCAUGGCCUCUCUGGCUCUGCUGGAUUGCUGGAACAUACAGCAUAACUGCAAACAUCCUCAUCCUCGCCUAUUACAUUCUGGAUGCAUAUGGCGCAGAUCCUAAAUCUGUCUCUGGGAUCGCAUACUUCUUCUUGGCGCUGCACAUCCUCACUCUUGUCGCGGCUCCGACUGAAGUGGUUCUUUGGUCGCAUCAUUUGAUGGAUCCUUGGGUGUACUUCACGUUGCAGGCGGCGAAGGCGCUUUACUUCACAAUCUUCUCGCCGAUAGCCUUGCGGAACCUCUUCAUGAUGGACGUGUACAUCGCCAUAGAGGCCGCCGUGGCGACACAUCUCAUCUUGAUAAUAUUCGCCUUCUGGGCCAGCUUUGGCUAUAGUCUAUUCAUUCUGUUCAAAAUGAGAAAGAUGGGUGGUCGUUAUGGUCAGUUAAGCGUCUAUCAGCAAGAAGAUGAACGCGCAACGAGGCAUGAUCGCAAAGACAUGAAGGAGCAGAUCUACGGCGAUGCACGCUGAUCCAUGACCCGCUUGAACAGGGCUUGGUAAGCUUCACGGACGGACAUGAGAUAUUUGGAAAUGUACAGAUA